AUGCCAGACGAACAAGCAAAUCCGACUCCCUCUGUGGAUGGCCAGAAAGAUGAUGGUCUGAAUCCUGUUCGAGACGCACCAAAUCAAUUGCAAUCAGAAGCACACAUUGAUGCUGUCAAUCCAGUCACCGUGCCGCCAACCAACGGUGAACACUCGCCAGGAAACGAUGAAGAGUUACGGAGAGCCCGUGAAGCUCUUCCUACGGUCGACAAAAUGAUAGUCUUGCCAGAUUUCGAAGACUGGGCCCAGAACAUCCUCACUGAUGUUGCUUGGAACUAUUACCGAAGCGCGGCUGACCAAGAAAGAUGUAAUAUGGAUGCUUUGCGCCGUUAUUCCUUUCGACCACGGAUGCUUCGAGACAUGUCUAAUGGCUCCAUAAAGACGUCAUUCCUAGGUUAUGAAAGUGAACUGCCGAUCUACAUCGCACCCGCCGCCAUGUGCAAACUUGGCCAUCCGUUAGGCGAGAUCAAUCUGACCAAAGCCGCCGGAGACGCUGGAAUCUUCCAAUCUGUAUCGGCAAAUGCAAGCUGCACUCUCGAAGAAAUAUUUGCAGCGAAGAAAGAGGAUCAGUUUAUGGCUUACCAGACUUACAUCGACGUGAAUCGCAACUUGACCACUGAGAUUCUUCAAAAGGUAGAGCGUCUUGGUGCCAAAGCCAUCAUCUUCACAGUCGACGUAGGCUGGUGGUCGAAGAGGACUUUGGAGACUCGUCAUGGCGGUGAACUCCCGAAAGCCUCACUUGGGGCUUUCAUGGCUAUGGGCGGGCGUCAAGAUCGGAAUCUAUCAUGGAACGACAUUUCGUGGAUUCGGCGCCAGACCAAGCUUCCAAUCAUCGUCAAGGGAGUACAGACUAUCGAGGAUGUUGCGCUGUGUGUGGAUAACGGUGCUGAUGCAGUGAUGAUUUCGAAUCACGGAGGUCGACAACUAGACUACGCACCGGCGCCGAUCGAUAUUCUUUACGAGCUCAGAACCUACCGACCCGAUCUGUUUGACAAGAUCGAUAUCCUGGUUGAUGGAGGUGUUCGAUACGGUGCUGAUGUCGUGAAAUUACUUGCAUUGGGGGCCAAAGCUGUAGGCUUCGGCCGCACUUUUCUCUACGCCAAUGCUACUCAUGGGGAGGACGGCGUUCGAAGAGCGAUCGAGAUUCUCCGCGAAGAAAUCUCAUAUACUAUGUGGAACAUAGGGGCUGCUACUGUUGCCGACUUGAAGCCUGAAAUGGUUGGACCAUCGGGACCGUGGGUGGGCAUGAAUCGACCAGUAUAUGCUACUAAAUACUAG